AUGGCAACCUUUCAUGGUUCGGGCUUCGCCAAGGAUCUGUUAAGCAGUCUUAGUGCUGAAGUUCUUUAUAUUAUUCUGUCAUAUCUUCCAGCAAAGUCUUUGUUAAAUGUUAGCGAAUGCAACCGCCGUUUACGGGAUUUAUGUCAGAACUGUAACUCGCUUUGGAAGCAUCUUUGCAAGGUUCGUGCCUAAAUCCUAAAAAAAAUUUCAUGUCAUCUGCAUGCAUGUUUAGUUCCGUUUUGCGAGACAAUAAGUUUUUUUUUUAAUUUUGUACGUAUAUGAUAGUAAAAGCAUAAGUUUUUGCCUUCAAUUUCUUUUAAGAAGGAUUGUUUCUUCAUGCUGAGGAGGAAACUUGUGUAUGUUUAUUUCAGGAUUACAAUCGGCACAAAAUAAGCCAGUGGAAUAUGAAGCACUCACGUGCCUCCUGUAGAGAGUUUUUUUUUUUUUAACUAGUCGUUUCUGGAAGGAAUUUUGUCGGAUUUUUGCCGAAAUUUGUAGCAAUUGAACUUCUUGACUGCUCCCUCUCUCAAUUUUUGCGAGUGCCUUUGUUUAUUUCUCGAGUGGGAUCUUUAACUUUGAUGUUGUUGUUUUUCCUGGUUAGUGAUCUGUUUAUUUUAAUCAGUUUCACCCAGAGUCUAAGCUUAGGUCUACUGUAGUGAAUAGAGUCCUCUGGCUUGACAGAACGAUUCGAUGAAAUAGAACUGAAAAAUUAUAGCCAAGGGAAACUUAUUUAUAAAAUAUGACGCUUUUGAUGACUAUUUGCGUAAUAUUUUGAAUAUGUUAAACUAGUCUCGAUCUGACACCAUAUUGUUCGAGCUUUUUACAUGCAAUCUUUUUAAGUUGCUUACCAUUCGAAAACGUGGAAUGCAAGAAAGAAAAUCAUGAUAGUUUUCAUAUUCGUAAGAGAGGGUGAAAGAAAAUACAACAGAGGGUAAAUUUGAUUAGCAACGUGAUUUCAUUUCUGUCGUAUUGUGUUGUGAAAUCAGAAGAAAAAUAUGUGAAUGUGAAGAUUUGAAAUGACAAGCUAACUACUGGACAUAUCAUGUGGUUUCCCUGAGAAUUUACCAAUACCCAUGUUUACUCCUUGUUGGAGAGAAACUUUGUGAGACAAUGUUUUUGGCAGGAUACAGGAAAAAGAUUAAAUUGUUCAGGAUUUUGGGGGCUUAUUUGGAAAGUCACGUGUGCUUGGCAUGACACCUUAUUGAUUUUGAAACCACUGCUUGUAAAAGGCGUGGGAUAUCUCUGCUUAUGUUUGAAAUAAGAAUACUUUGGUUUUCUGAGGAAUUUUCAGGCUAUUACAUAUUAAUUGCAUUAUUCAGGGUUUAUAUUUAGAAAAUGUAAUGGUUUUAUUCUCUGAACUGAGUAGGGGGCUGAAUCAAAUUACGGCUACACUUAACCCUUUACACUCUAAGAUCAGAAUUCAUAUUCUUCAUACUGUUCUCUAUACAUAUCCAAAGGUUGCUGACAAGGAGAAUUUGUUUAACAAUCAAAUGCCUCUUUAGUGGGUGAUCAUUUUCUUUAUUCACAUGACCUUAAAGUUGGAUUCAGGGGUGAUAUUUGCAAGGAGAAAUUAGAUGCUUACCACUCUUAGGGGUCAAAGGAUUCAAAUAACAUGCUCUUUUAGGGGAGUUUGGGCAUGCUCCCCUGUAAAGAUUUGAAACUCUCUGACAAUCCAGGACACUUGAGUGACAAUUUUAGCCAGACACUUAUGUUAAAAUCAGUUUUAAAAUAUUUAUGUCUUUGAUCUCACUUCAUAAAACGGUCUGACAACUUGCUGGUGUCUGCUGCCUUCCAGCUCCUGUUGAAAACCAUGAUUGUUGUUCAGGUUUGGCAGAAUUGUUUGAUCAUGCACCCACCUAGAAGCCUUUGGAAAGUGAUUAAAAGUGUCUUGCUCAAAGAACAUAACACAUUGCUCUUAGUGCAAACCAGAUCAUUCUGAUCACAACUCCAGAGGCCUUGAUGUGAGGUUACUGAGUAAAUCAAUUUAUGUAAUAAAUGUUUCUUUCAGAUUGACUUUGAUGCUGACUUGACUGUGAAAGGCUCUUUUCCUUCCUUCUUCAUCUUGUAUCAGCUGCUUUACAAAUCCCGCAUUAUCCUCGAGGACACAGAUUAUAGCACAUACAGCGGUUACUUACCAGAUUGGUUGUAUUAUUGGAGUGCACUAAGUACCAAGCCUCCCCUCCCUGGCUUUUACAGCUUACCAGCUGGAAGGACAAAGAAAACUUGGGGUAGGAAUCAUGAUGUCAGUAAUUCUGUGGUAUGGGAGGAAGGGAGGGAGGGGGGGGAGGGGAGAGGGUUGAAUGUAUAAUUUACAUAAUUUGCACAAAGGUUUGCAAGGAAGGCACAGGACAAUACAACUGAAUAGUUCCCAGUCCUUUGCAAUCUCUCAAAGCAACGUAAGACAACCUUGCUGCCUACUACUCUGUACUUUCAAACUUAUUGACAGCCCUUUUUGACAUCACCUGCUAACCAACUGACAACUCAGAGGUUCAGGAGAGGGGGCUUAAAGUUUAUGGUUCAUAUUGUCAAAGGCUACAAAGUCUAGCCAUUUGCACAUAUCACUUGCUAAGGCAGCUUUUGAUUUGUAUUCUGUUAUUACCCCCUGUUAUUACCCCCUUGAAAAUGUUUCAACUUUGGUUAAUGAUGGAUUGUCUUUCGAUUUUUGGCACACAAAUUGCUUUAUGAAGAUCUACUCAUUGAUCUGGGAACCAAGCCCUAACUGUCUCAAACUAUGGUCUAGUGCUAUCCUUUUGGAAGUAAAUUUAGUAUUUCUUGUAACUGUUAUUGUAUAAUUUGAAUUCAUAAUUUUCCACAAGGUCUUACAGAAGAGGACUUGACCAACUACCAGAUCAAAUGUAACAAAUCUUGUGCAGUAAGAAUAGAGCGGUAUUAUACUUGGACAGAUGGGGUAGAAGCAGCACUCUGUAAACACAAGAGUAAACAACGAUUCCAUGAGGUGGCUCUGAAGCGGUGCAUGCGAAGUCAAAAACAAAUUCACAAGACCUUUCCAAAGGCCUCAUGUUCUCAAAGAAAAAGAGCUUUUAACAAAUUCCAGAAUGAGCAUCGCAGCCAAAGAAACAUUCUGUCCAAGCAAAAGGAAGGUGCAAGUGAAUACAUGAGUCUACAGUCUCCCCACAAGAUUGGCCAAGAUUAUAUUGAUGGUGAGUUUGUGACUCGCUCUGGAGAGUAAAGAAAGCUCUCUAUGGGUGCAAAAAGUGUACAUUGUAAUUAUGUGAGGAAUAGUUACUUAUAGUUGAAAGGUAAUUAUCAACUUGAAUUUGAGAAUGGCACUGAUAAACCAUCUCAGUAAAAUUUGGAAAGCUGAGCUUUGAGUUAUAUCAUUUUUAACCCUCGAACUCCUUAGAUAAAAUUGUUAUUUCCCCUCAAGGCGCUACACAUUUCCUUUCCAAUUUACUCACUGGUAAGCGUGUAGCAAUUUUCUUUAAUUUACUUUUGACAAAUGUCUCUCUUCAGAGGUUUAGAAUCAGGAUGCAAUGCAAACAAAAUUUCUGAAAUUCUUUUCUUCCUUUUUUUUCUUUUCGUUAUCGCAGGAUAUCUUCACAAGAGCGGCAUCAAACAACUUGAAAGCUAUGUUGAAUUUGCUAAACGCCUUGAACAAGAAGUUGACGUAGCAGAGCUGUCUAAAGACAUUCCAGUGUGUGUUCUUCUCGUUUAUGAUAAAAUGUCCUCCUUAGCGCAGCAAAGGUUCAUUUCGGCGGAGGAAUUCCUUGAUGUUGCGAAGGAUUACUUCGAAAGAGUAAAGAGAGUUUGGAAUUGGCAGAAUGAAAAUGGGCCUGAGGCAAGGCAGGCAUUCCGGGAUUGUUCAGUUGUAAAAACACAUUCGUCUUAUAGGUGAGUUUUACUUGUCAUGUUUUUAAAGUUAUUCGAAUCACAUUUCCCUGACUAAUGUGAUUGGACCUUAGCCUGUUCCAUGUGUGCAGUUGCAUGUAGUAAGACUUAGCACGACAGUAGCCGAGGAGUGAAAACAAAAAAGAGGUUGGGUCGGGUCGGGGUGGACCCAGACCUCUCUCGUUUUCGCUCCGCUGCUGCUAUCGCGCCGUGUACUAUUUCGCUUCGUUUUACUUACUGACCACCAGAAUGAAUUAAAGAAUGAUUUCCUGGCAUGUUAUCGGGCACCAAGGAACAACUGGGCGAAGAUAUUUCAAUUUACAAGCUCGUUAAUUCGACAGCGGCCAUGUUUGAUUUAAAGUUAGAGGGGAUAGUUGGGAGUAGGGAAGGAAAGGCGUAAUAAUGGCUGUUUCUUUCUAUUUUUUUCCAGCGCAUUUGUUCAAACUGGGAAUGAGUCACAUUUUAGGAAUCUACGACUCAAUUUUGAGGGACUAGAAAAGUUACAAACAUGGCUUGAUGAAAACCAGUGGAUUACUAAGCUACUAGAUCCAAACUUUGUUACAAUUCUCCGUGGAGCUCCGUUGCAGAAAUUACCGUCAAACGAACUCAGCACUCAGGCGUUUCAUGCGUUGAGAAAGAUGGUGAGAAUCUUCCUCAAAACCGGACGGAGAAUCGACUUCGAUAGAAUUCUAAGAAGACUGGCCGAAUCUGCCAAAAUAUUUUUGCACACGAACUUGGAAUACGUGGAAAACUUAGAGAGGACCCUUUCACGCGAGUAAAUUGUGAUUAGAUUCCAGUUUCCCCUUUUUGGAGUUUUAACAAAUUGCGACUGCGGGUAUAUGGAGAAUUGAUAAUCUGAACUUCUCAACACUAAGAAAAAAAAUCUGAGUAAUACGUCGCUUCUCCUUAGCGAUAAUAUACUCAGCGAAAACGAGUUUGUGAGAAAUUUGCGAUAUGAAAUGAGGCUUCUUCACAAUUACAGUACGUAAAGAGUAUCUCUUCGCUCUUCGUUCGUUUACCGUCAGAAGCUCUUUGAGUUGAUUCCCUUCGAUAAGUGUGGUAUUGCAAGGCCAUGUUCACCCUUUUCCCUUUCGUUCUAUUCCAUCCUAUUUUCAAAUCCUUGACCAGUUUUUCUCAUCAAAUUCCCUUGAUUUGACUCGGCGAAUUCUGUGAUCAUGCAUUAUUUACCUCUACGAAGUAAUUCAUGGAGAAGCCCGUGAGACCCCUUGCAAUGACUUGUCUGUGCGAUAAGCCCUGACUAUUCCUAUUAUUUAUUGGAAUUCGAUGUUACUAGAUUAAAAAUAGUGCUUUGGGAUUAAAAAGCGAUCGCUGUCAAUUCUCUUAACUUUGUAAAACAAAACACGAUUUUUUUCCAAGAUCUCUUAGUUUGCUAUUUACGUGGACGGAGAGUUAUUUUUUCCAAUUCUAAUACAAAAUUCUUUUCUCCGUUAGUCCGAGACAACCUAGUGUGCUCUUUUAGUGAGUUUUCUCGAAGUAAUUGUGUGUUUAAUACACAAAAUCAGUGUGAGUACCAUUUACUUGCCGUUCUGUUUACAAUUAACUGAUUAAUCCAAAAGUUUGGGUUAUUCAUAUCAUUCGGGCACCAUUUAUUAAUAGAUUUUCUCAGCGUUAAACAGUUUAAAGCUUUUCCGCUCUGCAGCCCUCGAGCAAAAGCCUUCCACAUUAACUAAGCAAUAGUAAAGUUAAAGAGAGAAAGUUUCUAAAGAAACUGUGGUUCUGCGUCGGUGGC